AGCAGAAAGGAUUACAGUCCAAGACAUUGCAUGAUAACCUUCCUCCUGAAGUGGUAACUGAAACAUUGAGUAACACAGUGAACAAGGAUUUGAUGUCUGCUCGUACUGUCAGCAAAACUCAUGAUGAGCCAGAGAGAGUUCUGAGUGAAAGCUGUAGCUGUGAAGAACAAAUUCUGUCCAUCCACCCCCUUCUUGGUAGUGCAGAGCUACUUCCUGGUACAGAUACAGCUGAAGAAAACACAGAAGUUUCACAAGAGAAAAGAGAGGAAACGGAUGCAGUUUCAUCCUUAGGAUUUACCUGUAGUAAUUCCAUGGUAACGAGUGCAGAAGUGGACUUUGGGAGUGUUGCUAUAACACUGGGCAAUGAUACACUUAGUGCAGAAAGUCAGGUGGAUGGAUGUGAAGAAGCGCUUUUAAACUCACAUAUUGGCAGUUGUGUUAUGAUCUCUGAGAAAGAACCCUGUAGAAUAAAGACUGGUUUUGAAUCAGAGAUAGAACAGCUCAGAAAGUCACAGGCUGAAAGAGGAGAAAACCAGGUGUCUAAGGAAGGGGAAUUAAAAGCACAUCAAUGCAGAGAGGAAGGUUCAUAUAUAGCUGGUGCAGUAACACUGGAAGCAUGCAGUGUAAGCAAUUCAUGUCAAAGGGAUGGUUCUGAUGUUGAUCUUCAAGGGUUCACCAUCAGCUCCGAACAAGCAAUAGCCAGGCAAGGAAGUGAAGGCUGUAAUGAUUCAAAGGAACAAAUGGUUAUUUGUGAAGAACCUUCUCCUAGGGAAGGAAAGGAGGGCUCUGCUACAGAAGAGACAGCUAGCCCAAGCAAAGACAGUACACUGAAUAUAGAUGUGUCUGAUGUCUUUAACUGUUCUGUGAAAAGGGAGACUCAUAACACUUGCAUGCUGGGCCUGGAUAAUAUAAGUACCUGCAGCACUAACAGCGAGGAGAUGGAUGAGAAUUCAGUGCAUGUUCUAGGAAGUAACAGCAGUCUCUAUAAAGUGCAAAAGCCAACAAAGAAUGGGAAUAGUGGGAAAGCUUCCAGGUUUUUAGUAUUCUCAAAAAUGACAUCUUUCAGGAAAAGCAAGCCUGCCACAGCAGAAAAUCAGGGAAGUAGCAGCUUUUUUGGCAGCAAGGCAAAGCUGGAGGACCUGGAUGCUGGGAAAGAGGAUGAAGACACCGAAAGUUUACAGUCUUUCAAGAGUUGUUCAUCUGGCUCAGUCUUCCACAGGAAGGAAAGCUACACCUCUGAAUACUCUGACGAUGAUGAUUUAUUCUAUGAGAGACCUGCAGGAUUAUUCAACAGAAUGAGCCUGAGGAAGGCUUCUGGUUCUGGUCGGAUACUGAUGGAAGAUGUAGAUACAAAUUCAACUUCUCCCACACUGGCUGCUGUCAGAUAUGCAGACAGAAAAGUUUCAGGUUCAUCUGAAAGCAAUGAAACUGAACCUGUGGAAUUCUCUGGGACUAGAAAAUCAUUCCCUGAAAAUGAAUACAAAAAAAAUAAAACCCCUGAGGGGAAAAAGUUCAGGACAAGGUUGGCCUUGGCACACAAAUCCCUCUCAAGCUUAUUUGAGUCCAAAUCUCCGGAAAAAGAAAAUAGUGAGCAAAGCUCAAGCUCAAAAGUAUCAGUGAAAAAUGAAAAGGAGAAAGCCAAACUUCUCCAGAGCGCCUGGAAAGCUUUUCUGAAAAACAAGGAGGCAGAUGGACUAAAAAAGCCUGGCUUGGCAAGUUUAUCACCAGCACAGGAGGGUCUUAAUGCAACUAGCAGCCAUGUAAUGAGAUCAAUGUCGAUAGAGCGACAGGAUAGCUCCAAUGGACACACAUAUUUUAAACCAGACACAGCUAAUGGCUCCUCAGCAGACACCAACUGUUUUGACACAUCUGUUGAGCCUGUUGGUAUCUCUUCACCUGCAGGUAUAUGGAGAAGACGAAUACAGUCCCAUGACAUGGGCAUGAGGUACUCACAGAGUUCAGACUGUGAUGAACAGCAGGAGGCUCUGAGCAACAGUUUAAAUACUUCUCUAGAAGAAUACUGGAUGAAAUCUCCAUUUAGCCCCACUGACUUGCAGUUGCCGUUUAAUCAGUCAAGUCCAUCGUGUCCCCAGCUCUCAAAUGCUGAUGGUAAAGACAUGCCUUGUAGGCCCAUGAGUCCUAAACCACAGAGCCCACGAUCCACGCCUCAGCACAAGAGCUUCCGAUAUCCUGGAAGAAUAUGUGCCACUUCAAUGAUUUCUCUUGGGAAUAGCUCUGCAAUUGAAAGCAAUUUGGAGGCUCCUGAGAGACCAAAGACACUGAAACCCAGAGGUAGUCUCUUACUUUCUGUACACUCACUGGACAACGAAUACCAGAGGGAUGACAGUGGCAUAAGCAGUCAGUCCCAGAUAAGCUUAAACACUGCUUCUUCCAUUAGUGACAUGCUCCGAGACGAGGAGUGUAAACAGCAAUGUCAAACACCGCCUGAAAAGAGGCCAAAUGAGAAAUGGGUUCCCCACCGCAAAAGGAGGCCCCCUCAAGUUCCACCAUCCCCACACCCUACCUCCACCCUUGAGAGCAAAGCCUGGAGGCUUUCCUUCCUUGCUCCAGAUGAAAAAGCCAAGGAGAUUCCAGAGAGGAGGAAGAGACCUAAACCCCUCUAUAAGUGCUUCAGCUUCGAUGAUGUUUGGAUGGAGAGGAACCAGAAAUGGAAGCUAGAGAAGGAGACACAGCCAGAGAGAGGGGUUCAGUUGCGACACCUCCCAGGGGACCAGUUAAAAACUGGAAUAAGUCCAUCCAUCACGUCAGCUGUUGCGUUUGAUAUCCUACCGCUGAAACUGCAUCCGUUUUCCCAGAGCACUCCGACUGGCUUAGACUGUGUGGGCUGGAAACGGCGCGUCUCCUCUCCUGUGAUCACUGAUGGGGCACUGGAUAAGACAGCUCUAACAGACGAUGUGGGAAGUGAGGAGGACCUGUAUGAGGACUUCCGGAGCUCCAACCAUCGCUACGGUCACCCUGGGGGAGGCGGAGAGCAGCUUGCCAUCAAUGAGCUCAUCAGCGAUGGCAGCGUGGUGUAUGCAGAAGCCCUCUGGGACCAUGUCACGAUGGAUGACCAAGAGCUGGGAUUCAAGGCUGGCGAUGUCAUUGAAGUAAUGGAUGCUACCAACAAGGAGUGGUGGUGGGGGAGGAUUCUGGACAGUGAAGGCUGGUUUCCAGCCAGCUUUGUGCGGCUGCGAGUCAACCAGGAUGAACCCAUGGAAGAUUAUCCCCUGAAGGUAGAGGGUGGCAAAGAGGACGACUCCAGCAGUGGCGCUCGCCGCUUUGGGAUGGGGCAGACCACCAAAGACCAGAUGAGGACCAAUGUCAUCAAUGAGAUCAUAAGCACAGAGAGAGACUACAUCAAGCAUCUGAAGGACAUUUGUGAGGGUUACAUUAAGCAGUGCCGCAAAAGAGCCGACAUGUUUACAGAAGAACAGCUGAAGACAAUCUUUGGGAAUAUCGAGGACAUCUACAGGUGCCAGAAGAAGUUUGUUAAAGCACUAGAGAAGAAAUUCAACAAAGACCACCCACACUUGAGUGAGGUUGGCUCAUGCUUCUUGGAAUAUCAAACAGAGUUUCAGAUAUACUCUGAAUACUGCAACAACCACCCCAAUGCCUGCAUGGAGCUCUCCCGCCUCACUAAAGUCAACAAGUACGUCUACUUCUUCGAAGCCUGCCGCCUGCUGCAGAAGAUGAUUGACAUCUCUCUGGAUGGGUUCCUGCUGACUCCCGUGCAGAAGAUCUGCAAAUACCCACUGCAACUGGCGGAGCUGCUCAAGUACACCAACCCCCAGCACAGGGAUUUUAAAGAUGUUGAAGCUGCCUUAAAUGCCAUGAAGAAUGUUGCUCGGCUCAUCAACGAGAGAAAGCGGCGGCUGGAGAACAUUGACAAGAUUGCUCAGUGGCAGAGUUCCAUAGAGGACUGGGAGGGUGAAGAUGUCCUAGUCAGGAGCUCAGAACUCAUCUAUUCUGGAGAAUUAACCAAACUCUCCCACCCGCAAGCCAAGAGCCAACAGAGAAUGUUCUUCCUGUUCGAUCACCAGCUCGUCUGCUGCAAGAAGGACCUCCUGCGCCGGGACAUCUUGUAUUACAAGAGUCGGAUCAACAUGGAUGACAUGGAAAUACUGGAUGUAGAAGAUGGGAAAGACAAGGACUUCAAUAUCAGUGUGAAAAAUGCAUUUAAAUUGCACUGCCGUGACACUGAGGAAGUGCACCUGUUCUGUGCAAAGAAGCCGGAGCAGAAACAGCGCUGGCUGAAGGCAUUUGAGAAUGAAAGGAGACAGGUUCAGCUGGACCAGGAGACGGGUUUUUCAAUCACAGAGGUGCAGAAAAAGCAAGCCAUGCUGAAUGCCAGCAAGCAGCACCAUACGGGGAAGCCUAAGGCAGUGACCAGGCCAUACUAUGACUUCCUGAUGCGUCAGAAGCAUCCUACCCUGCCCACUAUGGUCCCUCAGCAGCAAGUCUUCAUGCUGGCAGAGCCCAAGCGCAAGCCCUCGAACUUCUGGCAGAACAUCAGCAGGCUGACGCCCUUCCGGAAAUGAGGGCAGCCUGUGUUUGUGCCUGAACCCCUUCUCAGAAAGCACUUUAUCCAUCAGUCCUGGGAGGCGGAGCCCAGCUCCUUUCAAUCCUUUGUUUACAGAGGAUGGCACACACGCACCUGCCUUCCCCAUUUACACUGCAGACCGACUGCUGCGCUGGCUCUGAGGUGAGACACUUGCACACACGUGUGCGUUGGUGCCAGUCCCAUCAAGCCAGCCCUGCACACUGCCCAAGGGGCGGACUUUCAGGAAGAGCUCACAUCCUUGUAUCAGCUGUAGCUGGAGUCACUUCCUCCUGCGGUGAACACUAGUGCUGCCUGGCAGCUGUCAGAGGGGAUGGCUGCCCAUACACCAGCCAUCUCUGUGUCUGCUGACAUGCUCAGUCACUGAUGAUACAUUGCCCAUGGAGGGAUAAACCCUUCUCUCUGCCCACCCCACUCCUGAUGUUUCUUUGAGACACAAUCCUCCUCCCGCACACGUCUAACUCAUUCAGUUAGCCUUUGGGGCCCUCAAACAGUGAGUAUUGCACUGUGACCUUUUCCUUUCCUUUAGAUCACCAGUGAUGAACUGUAUCCUAUGUUAAAUGGUGCCAAUCAACCUGCAGCAUGAGUAAAGUCCAGCAAUCUCUUUAGUGGGUUUGAAUUCCAUAAGUUAGAGACAAAUGUGCCUAAUUAAUACCAUACUCAAUUCCUUAGAUUCUCAUCUCUCCAUUGUUUUGCCAUAUUUCCUGGCCAAUGAAAAUGCCCAUUGUUUGUAAUGUCUUUAUUUAUGGUAAAAAAUCAGAACUGUGUAUUUUGUAAGUCUGUAAUUGUUCUGUCACUUGUUGUUAACUUGAUGCCCGUUUUGUCUGUUUUACUGUUUUUAAGAAAGGUCAAUAUUUGCAAACCCAGCUCCCUGAAGUCAGAGUCUACAGUGCAACUCUGAAUGAUGACUGGUAUGCAAACUCCCACAGACCCUCAGUUCAAGGGGUAUUACUACAGGUUUUUGAUACCUUUAAACAAUGAAAAGCCACUUUAAAAAGGCCAGGCCUACAUUUGGCAUUAAUAGCCUCUAAGAACCCAAGUUUCAAACUGGCCAAAAAGAGUUAAUUUAACCCUUGGUUAGUAAAAGGAAAGAUUUGCCUUACCACAGUGAGAGCUAGAAGCCAUACUGACUGAAUUCCCUAGCUUAUAGACAGUCUGUGACACUGCAAUGGGCAGUGUCUUCUUCCCAAUAUGAAGCUAGUGUGAGUGAGCACUAACUGUCUGCAGAGCCCAGAAAUCCAGUGCUUGUUGAUGCUGUAGCUGACCAAAGUCUGGUCAUCCCAAGAUCCCUGAAUUCAGUAGCAUGUACAAAGUCAUUCUUGCACUAUCUCCCCCUCCCAGACCAGAGGCAACAUUUAAUUUCAUAAAGAAACUUGUAAAAGUGACUCU